GAAUCCGAAUUUCGCUGGAUGUGGAAUUGCAAUGUGUGUUUGUGGGGAUGGCACGGCUGGUUUCCAGGUCAUCAUGUCUGCUCGGCACUCUCCACAUAAAGCACGGUCGUCCCCUAUCGACUUGCGCAAACGGAAGCCUAUGCUCGACUCUCCCACCAAACAGUUGGUGAAAGACUUGAAUUCUGCGAGGUCCACGCCACGCGAUAUCUUUCGCGUUCUCCAUGAGAAACGAAUGCUCCUG